AUGGAGGUCAGCUACGCCUUGGCUUCCCAGUGCCGCUGGGCCGCCUGGGCCGCGGCCAAAGCAGGUGCUGAGGUGGUCCAGCCAGACGGUGCGGCCGCCUACCUGAGCGAGCUGGCCAAGGUGCCAAGAGCUCCUGAGGAGCUCUCGCACAGCCUGGCGGACGCCCUUGCACGCACGCGCCAAGCGGCUGGCGAGUCUUGGGAGGAGUGGCGCCCGGUGGUCGAGGCCGUGGUGGAGCUGGCCUCCCACGCAGCGAAGAGCUCGCCGAGCUCGCGGCCAUCGACUGAGCGCCAGGCCAGCGCUGGAAAAAGCGGCGGUAACGCCUUCUGCGCGUUGACUCGGAUGGCCACCCAAUUUGGACUCUACUGGCGUCACCGCUGCGACCCCAGCAGCGACCGGGACACGCCGCAGCGCUGCUUGGCGCAUGCGCUGCAGGCCUUUCACCAAGCCCAUUGGGCCCAGCCACCCUGGCGGGGCACCAACCUGGGAGGGUGGUUUCUCCUCGAGCCGGGUCCUGCAUCGCCCUUCUUUGAAACUUGCCAUGCCAAGAUCAAAGAGAUCAAUGGCCAAAGCGGCAAAGAGGAGCCGUCGCCCGCGCGCGAGGCGCCCCAAGGCCUGGGCGACGAGUGGUCGCUCUGCGCCGCGCUGCGCGCGGCGGGCGGCGAGGAGCUCCGGCGGCAACUCUUCGACCACCACCGAGCGCAUCACUACACGGCGGAAACCAUGCGGAACAUCGUUCAGUGCGGCUUGAACGCGGUGCGCUUACCAUUUGGAUAUUGGGUGGUACAAGAGCCAGGAGCGGGCGAAGCCUACGAAGGACCUUGCCUGGAAGCCUUGGACCGGGCGGUGGCGCUGAUCGAAGAUGUCGGAGCGCUUCAGCUACUGCUGGACCUGCACGGCUGCCCGGGCGGGGAGAGCGGCGAUCGACCCUGCGGGCGGCACGACAGCAGCUGGAGCUGGGAACGCUGGAGGACGGACGAGGCUGUGAAGAUCCUGGCCAUCGUAGCCGCGCGAUACUGCGACAAGUCUUGUGUCACGGGCAUUCAGGUGUGCAACGAGCCCUCCGAGCGCAUGCCGGUGGGUCGGCUGUGUGACUUCUACGAGAAUGCCAUUGAGGCAGUGCGUGGGGCAGGGAUGAGCGCCGACAAGGUAGCGGUGGUGCUGCCGAUCUUCACGCACUGGAGGGCGCCGGAGGUCACCGACGCCUGGGCCGAGCGGGGGAAUUUCAUGAAGUACGACAAUGUGGUGUUCGACCUGCACUACUACCACAACUUCUCAUCCAUUUGGAACCUCCUCUCCCACCGGCAGCAUGUGGACGUGGUCGCGUGCCACGCGCUGGAGUUGAAGUGCUUGCCGCAUGCGAUGGUCGGGGAAUGGAGCACCUCCAGGCCGGGGCAGUUCUCGGAGGCCGAGCAGGCGGACUUUGCGCGGCAACAGGUGUUGGGCUACAACCACGCCAGCCACGGCUGGUUUUUUUGGAAUUGGCAUGACCAUGAGUUCUACACCGAUUGGGACAUGGAGCGAGGCGCUUUCAAGACCGGCCGCUUACCCAAGCCUUUGGGCCCUAGCGAGCUGCAGGGCUUCCUACGCCCAGAGUGGGAAGAAGACGGACGGGGAGGCAGCUCUUUGCCCUGCCGUGCACCUGGCAUGUGGCCACGGCUCAUGGGCUGGGCUAGCUAUGCACAGCAGCUUUGGCGAGUGGACCAAUGCGGGGAGAACUUGCCCUGCGCCGGUGCUCGCUGUGGAGAAAAAGAGCAGGGCGUCAUCGGCGUCCCGGGAGACAAUGGGGGCUUAUCGCAAAAGGAGAAGCAGGCUGCCCCAUCACCCGGCCCCUCGCUCAGGCACCUUUUCGUGGGUUUUGUGGUGUUGGGGCAGCUUCUGGGUAGCCCUGCUGGUGGGGCCAAUCGCUACAGCGGCUGCACGGUGGUUGAUCUUGGUUUUCAAGUGUUCCCCACGCUGGCGCGCAAGGUCUCCGAGUGCAAGUCGGCGCUGCAGCCGGGGCAGAUGGCCGGCGAUCUAGGUUGGAUCUCGAAAGGCACCCAGGACCCUGCCUUGGAGGAAGCCGUCUUCUCGCUGGAGGUCCCCAUCGGCUGGUGGCGGGUUGACCGGAUUUCACCGAUGCUGAGCUUUCCAGUUCGACGGAGGGUGGAAGACGGUUGUGAGUUCGCUUGGCCACCCGAAGAGUGCCACGGGGCCACCGGUGCUCCCAAAUCGGAGAACCGAUGUGGUGAAGUGGGCGUUGGAAGAAGUGGGGUGCUGGAAACAAGACUCGCGGGACCUCGAGACCCGCGGUCCGAACGUGCCCGGCGCGCCAUGGGAGAUGACCAGACGGCCUGGCAGCUUCAGCCUUCUGUCGGAAGCUGGCUGCUUCCGACGCGACCGCUCCACGGUGCGGCGAGAAACGCACCAUCCACUCGCACGCCGCGAUCUUCAGCUACAAAUUGGGAGGAGCUGCUGAAAUACCUCGAUCUCCCGGAAGCCCGCCGGGCCAGAGCGCUAGACAUGGCAGCCAAGAUCGCCCGGCAGCAGCUUAAGAAGGCGAUGGAGCGGAGCCGACACUACCGGAAGAUCUCUAAGAAGUCCUGGAGUCUUUCGCUGGCGACGGUCUACGAAGGAGCGGCCAACAAGGAUGAUGGCACAACCUCCCUCAAACUCUUCGACAGUGAGAUCGGUUGGUAUGUGAAGCAAGUGCCUCGCCCCCUCCGAGCGCCGGGUCCGGCACCGGUGACGAAGAAGCCUGACUCGCUCCCACCGCCACCACCACGCUGUGGCAUUACGCCUUCCCCACCGUCGGAGCCACCCAAGCAGCACGCCAUGAGACGCUUGCGCGGCACACAGGCGAACCCGACCGAUGCAUCGGCGGACUUGUUUCAACUGGCCAUUGAGAGGCAGCAAAUGGACGACAAGGCGGAGCAGGGGAACUUUGCAACGUUCACCUCCUGGAUUGUGAAAAUGGGUUUGCGCUGCUUACAGGAGGACAUCAGAAGUGGCUCCUUUAGGGAUUCACUGCGUUGGGCCGAUGGCCUCCUUGCUUGCACGGCUUAA